CAUGAUACAACUGAGAAUUUACUAAUAUUAAAUAACAAAAUAAAAAAGUAAGAGAGUAAGAAUAAAAAUGUUAUGGUACAAACCUCUUCGAGAAAAUAUUGUUCCACAAUAGUUUUAGGUUGAAUGUUCAUGCAACAUUCCUUCACCUUUAUCAUAUUUUAUCUUUUUUGCUUUAUUAGCUUACCUCUGCUCUAUCAAUCUAUAAUUUCAUUUUUUUCAUUUGUUUCUGUUUUGGAGGAUGUUUUUGCCGGGUCGGGUGCUUUAUCAGACUCUAAAUUCGUAGUUUGCCUUUCUCAUUUGUUGCUGUUUCAUUUUCUAUUCCAUUUAUUGACGACAAUGGUAGACGAAGACUUGCAAAAUUAUGUUAAAUGUUUGAGACAGGAUACAGACACUAAAUUACAUUGGCAGUUAUUCUUUUUCAGUAUUGGACACUCGACCCUGUACCAAUUGAAGUUUGUUUAAUUCAAUUUUAAGCAAAGGUCAGCAUGCAAGGUUUUCGUUUUCCUGGUCCAAGGCAUGCAUCUACCUAGUAUCUAUGAUGCAAAGUCAACAUCAUCGUUUACUAUUAGUAUCCAAAUUAAAUUUCCGUUACAAAACCAAUGUGACCCAAAUUUUGCACUCCUCCACUCCAUUAUAUCAAUUUCUUCAACCACGUGAGCCAUACACUCCUCAAAUCACCGAACAACGGAAAGUUGGUCGUGAAUUGGCCAAUUUAUUACAAUUAUUAUGUUCAAACAUUCCCGUUCCUUGUUAUAAGAAAAUCCAUGCCAAAAUUGUGGUAUUGGGUUUUCAUCAACACGAUGUUUUCCUUAUUAACACCCUAUUGCAUGCUUACUCAAAACUGAACCGGGUAAGUGAUGCACAGAAACUGUUUGAUACAAUGCCUCAUAGAAACCUUGUUACUUGGUCUUCAAUGAUUUCUAUGUACACUCAACAUAAUUACAAUGUAGAAGCAUUGGAGUUGUUUUGCCAGUUCAUGAGAAGUUGCAAUGAGAAACCAAAUGAAUACAUUUUAGCUAGCGUUGUAAGAGCUUGCACGCAUUUGGGUCAUCUCAACCAAGCUCUCCAGGUGCAUGGUUUGGUUGUUAAGGGUGGAUAUGUUCAAGAUGUUUAUGUGGGUACGUCGUUGAUUGAUUUUUAUGCUAAGCAUGGUUGUAUUAGUGAAGCAAGGUUGCUUUUUGAUGGCCUAGCAGUUAAAACUACUGUGACGUGGACUACAAUCAUUGUAGGGUAUUCAAAACAGGGAAAAAGUGAAGUGUCUUUAAAGUUGUUCAAGCAAAUGAGAGAGGGUGAUGUUUGUCCAGACAGAUAUGUACUUUCAAGUGUUUUGAGUGCUUGUUUGAUGCUUAUGUUUCUUGAAGGGGGGAAGCAAAUUCAUUGUUAUGUAUUAAGGAAAGGAAUUGACAUGGAUGUCUCAAUGGUCAAUGGAUUUAUAGAUUUUUACUUUAAGUGUCACAAAGUGGAGGCGGGUCGGAAGUUAUUUGAUCGGAUGGUAGAUAAAAAUGUGGUUUCAUGGACCACAAUGAUUGCUGGUUGCAUGCAAAAUUCAUUCCAUUGGGAUGCCAUGGAACUUUUUGUUGAAAUGGCUAGAAUGGGUUGGAAGCCUGAUGCAUUUGGUUGCACUAGCGUUCUCAAUUCAUGCGGUUCACUCCUGGCUUUGGAAAAGGGAAGACAAGUGCAUGCUUAUGCCAUCAAGGUCAAUAUUGAUAAUGAUGAUUUUGUGAAAAACGGUUUGAUUGACAUGUAUGCCAAAUGUGGUUCCUUGACGGAUGCAAGAAAAGUUUUUGACCUUAUGGCUGAUAUUAAUUUAGUAUCUUACAAUGCAAUGAUAGAAGGAUACUCAAGACAAGACAAGUUGUAUGAAGCAUUGGGUCUUUUCCAAGAAAUGAGGCUAAGUUUAUUUCCACCAACUCUAUUAACGUUUGUAAGCCUUCUUGGUGUAUCUGCAUCCUUAUAUCACCUGGAGUUAAGCAACCAAAUCCAUGGCCUGAUGAUUAAAUAUGGGGUUUCUAUAGAUGAAUUUGCUGGAAGUGCUCUAAUAGAUGUUUAUUCAAAGUGUUCGCGUGUCGGGGAUGCAAGACGAGUUUUUGAAGAGAUACGGGACAAGGACAUUGUAGUAUGGAAUGCAAUGUUUUCUGGGUACACCCAACAAUUGGAAAAUGAAGAGUCUCUCAAACUUUACAAAGAUUUACUUAUGUCAAGACUAAAACCGAACGAGUUCACUUUUGCUGCGGUAAUCACAGCAGCAAGUAAUAUAGCAAGUCUGCGACACGGUCAGCAGUUCCACAACCAGGUCAUAAAGAUGGGUUUCAAUGAUGACCCCUUUGUCGCAAAUGCUAUAGUUGAUAUGUUUGCCAAAAGUGGAAGCAUCGAAGAGGCUCACAAAGCAUUUAGCUCCACAAAUUGGAAAGACGUUGCCUGCUGGAAUUCGAUGAUAGCAACUUAUGCUCAACAUGGAGAGGCAGCAAAAGCUCUUCAAGUGUUUGAACACAUGACUAUGGAGGGAGUAAAACCAAAUUAUAUCACCUUUGUAGCUGUGCUAUCAGCAUGUAGCCAUGCUGGACUUCUUGACCUUGGAUUUUAUCACUUUGACUCAAUGUCUCGAUUUGGAAUUGAACCGGGAAUCGAUCAUUAUGCAUGCAUGGUUUCUCUCUUGGGCCGGGCUGGUAGAGUAUAUGAAGCUAAGGAGUUUAUUGACAAGAUGCCGAUAAAACCAGCGGCAGUAGUAUGGAGGAGCCUGCUUAGUGCAUGCAGAGUUUCAGGUCAUGUUGAACUAGGAACAUAUGCAGCUGAGAUGGCAAUUUCAUGUAACCCAGCAGAUAGCGGAUCAUAUGUAUUGCUGUCGAAUUUAUUUGCAUCGAAAGGUAUGUGGGCAAAUGUCCGAAAGUUGAGGGGGAAAAUGGACGUCAGCGGGGUUGUAAAAGAACCAGGUUGUAGUUGGAUUGAAGUGAAUAAUGAAAUCCACAAGUUUCUUGCCAGAGACACAACCCACGGUGACUCCACUCUUAUAUCUUUAGUUUUAGACAAUUUGCUUCUACAGAUCAAAGGGUUUGGUUAUGUGGCAAACACUGAUGCACUUUUGCUUGAUGAUUGAGAUGAAUCAUCCCGAGGUAAUAUCACAGUUAACCAAGCUUUUGUCUUCUAAACAUUUUAUUUGUUGCUCGUUGUUACUGCAAACACACCUCCAAGCAUGUGAAAGUCAGGGUGACUUGCUUUCUGUUUUGAUUAUGCAUAACUUAUAGACCAUGUUAUCACUUGAUUGAUAAUUAUUAUCAUGUGAUAUGAACUAGUUCAACAUGAUAUUUUCUUGGUGCAAUUUCUUUCAUUUUUUUUCCACCUGGGAAAAGUGACAGUUGCACUGAAGGAGCGAUGUCUUGCAUGACAUCUCAACAGAGGCAAUAGUUGAUUGGUUGGCUGAAGAUCUAACAGUUCCCAGAAUUGACAGUAGCACCGAUGGAGUGAUGUUGCAAUGAGGGCAAGAGGGUUUAAACAAUGUGGCAUUGGCUCGAUUAUAAUGCUCUAUCACAGAAAUCUCCCUUUGCCAAAAGAGAAAGCUUCCACAUGAAUUUGGAAUUACAUAUUGAAUCUUGAACAUUCUUUUUGUGGAACAAGAAAUAUUUGGAAAGGGAAGUAAGGAGAUUGAACCCCAAGAAGAGCAUGAGAAGAGGAUUGUCUUGGUAAUGGAAACACUAGCGAGCCUUUUGCCAAUGGAGAAUAAUGCAAUGCGAAAAGGGGAGGAGGAUGGCAAUACUUAUAAAGAUACAAGUAUUUGUUUCUGUAAAAAUGUACUCCGCAUCGCGAUUCUGUGAUUGUAGAUAUAGAUUAGUGUGCAUUUUUGCCUUGUAAAUUAUAUUCACUUCUUCAAAUUAUAGAGCAAGUGAAAGAAUAAUUUCUAAUGUUUUUGUUUGGAUUUGUAAGACCAAAUGUACUACGUUUAGCUUCUAAAUUGAAGUAUUAAAGUAUUUUGAUUAA